AUGGGAUUGCUCAAACUUCAAUCUUCAAACUAUGGCAACAUCAACAACGGUGCCCUCCAAAUCACCCUCGACUCCGCUGGCGACGUCGACCUAACCAACCAGUCCGGCCGGAUCCUCCUCAAGAAUAGGUUCAAGCUAUGGCAAGGCAGCGGCGGCCCCAACAUCACCUGUGCCGACAGGGUGGCAUCCUUCAACACCUCCUUUCUCAUCAACAUCUACCGGAUUAACAACGCCACUCCCGGUGAAGGUCUCGCCUUCGUUGUCGCGCUGGACUUGAAAAUCCCGCUGAACAACCACGGCCAGUUUCUGGGGCUCACCAACUCCACCUCCGACGGCGUCGCCGCCAACCAAAUCCUCGCUGUCCAACUCGACUCGUUUAAGCAACCGAGCAUCGACGACACGUUUAAUAUUUACCACGGGUAG